GAGCGCGGCUGGGGCCAGUCGCGUCUUCCCAUACCGACCCGAUGCCAGAAUUAUCGAGAAAGACGUCGGCAGCUGCCAGGUGUCAGGUUAUGUUAGUGGUGGGAUGGGCUCGCAGCGCUGCACUGCCGUGUCGGGAGAGGACACGUGACUGCCCGCGGGAAGCUCGUAUAACCGCCGUGCGGCUGCAACCGGCUCUCACUCCCGCUCGAAGCUCGACAUGCGGUGCGUGCUGCUCGUGGUGGCGGCGCUGGCUGCAGUCUGCGGCGAAGCCCCGCCCAGAGUGCACCCAGCUGCGCCGAGGCGGGGCUACGGGGGUGAGUGCGCGCACGACCCCGACUGCGAGGCCGGGCUCGCCUGCGACUCGAACAAGAGGUGCGGCUGUCGCCAAGGGCAGGUCGUCUCCUCGGACCAGCUCAAGUGCGUCAGCGCCGCGCUGCACGGCGAGGCGUGCAACGAGACCGCGCAGUGCCUCGCGCAUCUGGAGCACACAGAGUGCGGCGACCACUCCUGCGGCUGCGCCCCCGGCUACCGCUACUCCAACACCAGCGACGACCACAGCUGCGACCCGGUGUUGAAGUAUCUCGAGGCCUGCUCGUCCACGCCGGAGUGUGAGACCCCGUUCGUCUGCUCGCAGCACUUGUGCAAGUGUCCGGCCGACCACCGCCUCUCCCAGGGUAAUAAGUCCUGCACGCCAGUGUUGAAGUAUCUCGAGGCCUGCUCGUCCACGCCGGAGUGCGAGGCGCCCUUCGUGUGCUCGCAGCACUUGUGCAAGUGCCCGGCCGACCACCGCCUCUCCCAGGACAAUAAGACCUGCACGUCAGCGCUGCGGAAGUACGGGCAGGCGUGCUCGUCGCCGGCGGACUGCGAGCCGCCGUUCGUCGCCUGCACUUUGGGCACUUGCCGCUGCCGGGCCGAGCAGAGCGUCUCCGAGGACCAUCUGGCGUGCUCGCGAGGUGCGGCGGUGUUGCGGGACAUUCCUCGAGCACAGGAACAAAUACGCAGCGAUCCGACGUCAGCUCAGAUAAACGCGGGGUUGGUGGUGCUGGCCUGCUUCCUCAGCUUCCUGCUGAGCGCCAGGCCUGGCAACCUCGCGCUCGUUCCCGUGGACUCGUGCUAGCGCGCCCAUCCCGUCAUGAUGGCAACACUGACAGCGCUCGAGCUGGGCCGCCAUCUUGGAGUCCGAGCGCGUCACUGGAUUACAAACUUAAAACAUCACUUUUUUAAGCAAUUCUUCUUGUCAUUAAAGUGCAGAGGAAUGUUUUUAUGGUAUAUAUCUGUAUCGUUAAAAUCGAUAAAUUUGUAAGGUGACUGGAAA